CCUGUGAGAGCGCACAGGAGAGGAGAUACCCGCGCGGGAUACUUGGAUAGCAGCAACAAACAGGAUCCAUCCCUGCUCCUCUCUCCUCCUCUUUUUUUUUCUUCUUUUCUUUCCCUCCACACCUGUGUUUUCCCCUUUGAGAACACACGCUGGUUGUUUUGUGUGUGUGUGUGUGUGUGUGAGCAUAACUACUUGGAUACCUGCGCGUUGUCCGUGUCUAAAUGUCGGACUGAAUCGAACUGCUAUGACAGGGAAACUAGCGGAGAAGCUCCCUCUUACGAUGAGCAGUUUAAUAAACACGAUCCCUGACAGUCUGUACCCAGAAGAGGACAUCCCGACCUCUAUGAAUAUUUUCACCAGUACGGAAUCUAUUAACCACUAUUCACAAAUGAACACAGAUAAUAUCAUGGAUCUGGGCAUGGGGAGUGAGAAAGCAGCCGCAGAUAUCCAGUACGGAUCCAGCUUCCAGUCCAACCGCAGCGGGCAGACCGUCACGUAUCUGGGGAAGUUUGCCUUCGACACGCCCCCGUCCGGCGGCAUCGGCGGCUCCGGCUGGUGCUCCGACAACAACAUCAUCAGCCUGGUGAGCGCCGGGAUCCUGGGCGUCUCUCCGUCGCCUGGCACCGUGACGACGCAGACGUCCUCCGCCGCCGGCAUGGGCGGACAGACGUCAGACAUGGAGCAGGUUUACGGUCCGCCGCUGCCCGCCUACUCCACCUGCGGCGACCUGUACCAGGACCAGGUCUCCUUCCACCACAGCCCGGCAACCAGCACGGCUCUCUCCUACCCCGGCAACGACUAUCACUCCACAUCCAAGGCCUCCAUGGACGGCAGCCUCUUCUCCAUGAUCCCCGACUACAACCUUUUCCACCAUCAGGGGGAGGUAGGCGUGAUGGAGCACAAGCCCUUCCAGACCAUGGACCCCAUCCGGGUCAACCCUCCGCCCAUCACGCCCCUGGAGACCAUCCGGGCGUUCAAAGACAAGCAGCAGAUCCACCCGGGUUUCAUCGGCGGGCAGCAGCACCCUCCUCAGCACCACCAGGCGCCGCAGACUCUCACCCUCAAGCCCAUCCGGCCUCGGAAGUACCCGAACCGUCCCAGCAAGACCCCCGUCCACGAGCGUCCGCACGCCUGCCCGGCGGAGAACUGCGACCGGCGCUUCUCGCGCUCGGACGAGCUCACGCGUCACCUCCGCAUCCACACGGGCCACAAGCCCUUCCAGUGCCGAAUAUGCAUGCGCUCCUUCAGCCGGAGCGACCACCUGACCACGCACAUCCGCACGCACACGGGGGAGAAACCCUUCUCCUGCGAGUUCUGUGGACGCAAGUUCGCCCGAAGCGACGAGCGAAAGAGACACGCAAAGGUCCACCUGAAACAGAAGGACAAGAAGCCGGCCGACAAGAGCAGCGGGGCGGCCGGGAGCCACAGCUCGCCGCCCAGCUCCUGUGGGGGGCCCACGGUGGGGACGUCAUGACCGUCACCACGUGCACUUGGACUGGACCCUCUCCAUGGCCCAAAAAGAGACUUCUAGGAAGAAGGAAUCACGUCCACUUUGAGACAAAUAGGUGACUCGUUUCCCUCUCUUUUCCAUUCCCCCCGGCUCUCUUCAGCUCCUUCUGUUUUGAGAUGGAUGCCUUUAGUUGACAUAAGAGGAGAAAGGCCACUACGCCUUUCUUUGUCCAGUAACUCAAAGCCUCGCCUACUCUAACUCAGUGCCGACACACAGAAGGCCAACAUGGCCCAUCCUGUCCACAAGACCACUGUGUAUCUGUAGGUGUUGGUGUGGAUUAAGUUUUUUUUUUGUAAAUUUGACUGAGAAUUUCUAAAUUGGAAGGAAGCCAGAAUCCAUCACAAAGGGUCAAAAAAACAUUUACAAUGGAGAUUAGUUAAAGUUGUCUGGGAUGUAUGCAUUAAUUUUAUUAGGCUGUUUAAAAGUGCAAUUGGUUAUAUUUGUGUACCGUCAUGGAUACCUUUAUAUUAGUGGCUGUCUUUUUUUUUGUUAUUGUUUCUGUUGAGGUGUUGUGUAUUUUUUUUAUUUUUUUUUUAUUUUCUAUUUGAAUGUUGUUUUCUCAAAAAGAAUGUGCCAAAUGUAUUGUGGUGACUCAGCCAACCGUGUUCUGAUUAUUGUGCCUGACAUUUGCCAAACAUAACCGUGAUAUCAGCUUAGUUCAGCACACACGUUGAGUUUUAAAGGGAGGAUCCGAGUCAGCCACACACCGUAUCUCAGAUUUAGAUUUAUUCUUCCACAAAUUUUUGGUGAAGUCUAGAUAACGACUGAAUGGGUCACACGAAGCAAAGCGAUGUCUUGUCCUGUUACCUGUUACCUACACAACAAACAUGCCUGCAGCAGUCAACACCUUUGCCAACACUUAUUUAUUUCCAGUCACUGAGAGACACUGUGUAUGUUUGUGUUGCCUUUUUUAUAUGGGUGCUUUAUGUCGUGUUACCAGAUAUCAUUUCUGUUGCUUUUUUUAUUAUUAUUAUAAAAAGCUCACCAAUACUCCUAAUUCUUUCAGUUUUUCUGCAGUCAUAUGCAAUACAAUUUGUGACGUAUGCCGACAAACAACGCAAAUCCAAUGAUCUAAGAGCACAGUUACACAGACUGGACUACUUACAGUGAAUGCAUGGCACUGGGUUGCAAGCCAGCAGUGUGUUUAAAAGCAAAGAUGAAUGAAGGAUUCACAGUGGGAAAAGACUGAAACUAUCAAUCAAUCAAUCAGUCAAUCAAUCAACAUUUAUUUAUCAAGCCCUUCACAGCAACCAGCAGGCUGCAUCCAAAGCGCUUUACAUCAAGGAACAAGAAUAAAACAGAACAUAGAGUAAAAUCAUAAAGGGAUAAAACAGAACAUAGAGUAAAAUCAUAAAGGGAUAAAACAGAACAUACAGUAAAAUCAUAAAGGGAUAAAACAGAACAUACAGUAAAAUCAUAAAGGGAUAAAACAGAACAUACAUUAAAAUCAUAAAGGGAUAAAACAGAACAUACAGUAAAAUCAUAAAGGGAUAAAACAGAACAUACAGUAAAAUCAUAAAGGGAUAAAACAGAACAUACAGUAAAAUCAUAAAGGGAUAAAACAGAACAUACAUUAAAAUCAUAAAGGGAUAAAACAGAACAUACAUUGAAAUCACAAAGGGAUAAAACAAAACAUACAGUAAAAUCAGAAGAUGAUAAAACAGAGCAUACAGUAAAAUCAGAAAAGGACAUAUAAAAGCAUGAGGAAGAAAGGAAAAUGUCAUUGCAUUAAAAGACAGUCUAAAAUAAAUAGGUUUUGAGGUUGGGGUUAAAAAGAGCUACGUCUGUAACAGUGCCAAUGUUGGGGGGGGGGCAGAUCACCCCACAGCUUGGAUGAACUGUUGUGCUCACAAAGGGUUAAAAUCUUGGCCAAAUAAAACCACUUGGUUUAAAUCCCUAAACGGUGAGCAGCAUAUGGCAAGAGAAUUAAAAAAAAAUGAAAAUGUCCAAAUCCAUGUUUACAUCUUUUUCUAAUACAGAGAGACUUAGUCGGAGUUGUAAAGUAAGAACUUGUUGUUUUUUUUGUACAGUAUACAGACAUGUAUGCAGGUAGCUACAGUAGACGUUUCACUUUUGUACUCAAAUGUCAAACUCAAAAGUAUUAAACUGUGCAUAGAUGUGCAUGCCUUCAUGCACACGAUGUAAAUACAAAUGUCUGCAUAAACAAGAACUUUCAAUUGACUAAAUGCUUGUGGGGGGAAUGUGUCUUCAAGCUUUUAGUAACGUAGUUAUAAUACGGAAUAUUUUGUUGUCAUAUGGUCAUUGCAAAAAAAAAAAAAAAAAAAAAAAAAAAAAAAAUGGAGCACUGCAACAGUGCCAAAUAUGGUGUAUUAUCUUCCAUAUAAGGAAGAAGAAUAAGAGCAUUUGCACCAUUUGUACGUUUUAAAGUGGUGACUGGUUUUUAAAGGAGCACUAAUGUGUUCUCCGAAUAAACAGCAAGAUGUUUUUUUAUUAAUGAUUUCUUUAUCUCCAUUAUAUUCGCAAUCAGUUACUUCAAUUAACACAUCUUCCCCAUUGCACAGAAACCACUGCAGGGUCGUUAGUCUCGCGUAUAUCUUCACGUUCUCGGACAGACGGCAGAAUAAAUGAUGGGAUCCUUUCUUAAACAAAAUGCAUCACAGGACAAAGCAAAUCUAUUAUAUUUCACAUUCCUUAUCAGUAUUCGUCCUGGUAUCAUUCAAUGAAACAUUCGGUGUAGGCUCAUCUCUUUUUUUAAUAAGCUUCUAUGGGAUCUUAAACGUGUAUUAUAACAAUAAAUGCACAACAAUGACCACAAUUCAUAACACUUCUUAAUGCCAGCGUAACGGCUUUUUCUUAUAAAUUAGUUGGAACUCAUCUCAGUAAAGCAGGAAGGCUUUUUUUUUUCUUCUUCUUCUUCCUCCAAAUCUGACUUAUGGCCCUGUGGAGUGACAUUUUGAGUAGUAAUAAUGUUGUCCAUGUGCUAAGAUCGUUUCUGAUUUUAUCCUUUAAGUUUAUCGCUCAAAUGCCAGAUAAGCUUCUCCUCCCUAUCUACUUUGACCGACAAUAUUUUUGGUUAUUUUGCUGUUCUCUCUGACUUGUAGAAGAGUAUUUAAGGCAGGGAAUUUAUACACAUGUUAUCAACUGAAAAAAAACAAUGUGCCAGUGAGGAGACAAGAGGGCAAUCAGACUUAAAGAGAAUAUCGACUGACAAAUGCAAAAGGCCAGGAGAAAGGUUCAGAAAAAGCAGUGGCACAGAGAACACACAGUGCAUACAGAAAAUGAGCUCCCAAAGCCAUGCUUUCCCUUCUCUGUAACAACCAGUUUUCACUGCUGAGCUUCCUGGCAGGUGUCCACUUAUUUCCCAAUUAAUUUGGCCUCAGAGAGUCUUUUCUCAAUUCAUCUGCAUGGUUUAAUGAACAGAGCGCCUUGCACUUUUUUUUCAGAUGGUUUCAAAGUGCACACGCCCUGUAAUAUCCAACUGUAAAUCAAUAGUUUAAAAAAAUGAUUUUGUUGCGUGGAUGGUCAUCCACAAACAAAAAUGCAACUGAAAUCACGACCUAAACUGAAAAUAUACCUUCUUAACACGCUGCAUUACCCAGCAUUCCUUAUGUUUGAUCCCAGAUAAUUAGCUUGAUAUGAAUAUGAUUCAAACUUUAGAUUUGGGAGGGUAAAUCUUGCAAUGGGGUAAUGUAAACAUUGGGAAGCAGGAAGGUUCACAGAGUCAGCACAAACCAAUAUGAAGUGAUGGGAAACACAACAUGUUCAUCUAGAAUAAGUUGCUGUUAGACACGACAACAUUAUUUUGAAUUUAUUUGACCCAAAAUUAUGCUU